GAAUGUGAGCAUGAGAAUCCUGGUGGAGCAAAUAGCAGUAUAUAAAAGUCAAGAAAAAAUGUGACCGCUAUAUCAAUCCCAUCUUCUCUCUCUUGAACAAUUUUUGUCUCUGUCUUCUCAAUUCUUUCUUCUUCUUUCUUCUUCCACUCUCCUCAGUCCCACUGCUCCCUUGUUUUUCUCUACUCUUUUCCUCGCCUCCUCCUACGUUACUGCUAUUACUCUGUGAAGUCCAUGGGCCCCAGAUGCGGAUAAUUUUGCUCCGAGUUAAACUCAUUCGGGGCUUUAGUUCUUACGCAUUUUUGUUUCGGAUUGAAGAGAAAUUAGGGCUUAGGGAUUUUGGUGUGGUAUAGUGAAUUCUGUUUUGGAGGUUGGAAUGGUGGGGAAGGAGGAUGCCCCAUCGGGUGGUGAAGGAGGUGGUGGUUGUGAGGGUGGUUUGCAGCGGCCAUACCAAGUUGUGGGUGGCCGGAAAUUGUUUUGGAGGUCCGCAUCAUGGUCCUCUUCGCGGACUACGUUGCCACCUCUUAACCCGUAUAGUGAAAAGGAUGGAUUAGAUCCACCUGAGAAUGCUAACGGUAAUGGGCAGGGUCGCAGAGUUUCUGGUCCUUUAACUCCGAGAUCCCAGAAUAGUUUUAAGAAUAGGUCGUGUCUCCCCCCACUGCAGCCAUUAUCAAUUGCUCGUCGGAGCUUAGAUGACUGGCCAAAAGCUGGUUCUGAUGAUAUUGGUGAGUGGCCGCUCCCUAGCACUCCUAGUGGUAGGGAUGUGAAUAACGGUGGAGAGAGGUUGAAGCUUGAUUUAUCUAAUAUACAGAGGAACUCAGAUAGGAAUGGUGGACUCGUUAAAAGAGAAAAGAUAGCUUUCUUUGAUAAGGAGUGUUCAAAGGUGGCUGACCAUGUUUAUCUCGGUGGGGAUGCAGUUGCCAGGGAUAGGGAUAUAUUAAAGCAACACGGGAUAACUCAUAUUCUUAAUUGUGUGGGGUUUGUCUGUCCUGAGUAUUUUAAGGCGGAUUUUGUGUACCGGACUCUGUGGUUGCAAGACAGCCCAACUGAGGACAUAACCAGCAUACUUUAUGAUGUUUUUGACUACUUUGAAGAUGUUAGGGAACAGGGUGGGAGGGUUUUUGUUCACUGUUGUCAAGGAGUCUCACGGUCAACAUCAUUGGUAAUUGCUUAUCUUAUGUGGAGAGAGGGGCAAAGUUUUGAUGAUGCGUUUCAGUAUGUGAAGGCUGCAAGAGGUAUUGCUGAUCCAAAUAUGGGUUUUGCUUGCCAGUUAUUACAGUGCCAAAAAAGAGUCCAUGCUUUUCCUUUGAGCCCAAGUUCGUUAGUAAGGAUGUAUAGAAUUGCUCCGCACUCACCCUAUGAUCCCUUGCAUCUUGUUCCAAAGAUGUUAAAUGAUCCUUCUCCAUCCGCUUUGGAUUCUAGAGGCGCAUUCAUUGUCCAUAUUCCUUCUGCGAUGUAUGUUUGGAUUGGUAAGAAAUGUGAAAUGAUAAUGGAAAGAGAUGCUAGAGGUGCUGUUUGCCAGAUUGUUAGGUAUGAGAAAGUGCAGGGCCCUGUAGUAAUGAUUAAGGAAGGUGAAGAACCUUCUUUCUUCUGGGAUGCUUUUUCGAGCCUUCUGCCAUUGAUGGACAAAUCAAGUAGCAAUGUGGAUGUAGUAGACGCAUCAAUCAAGAUUUGCCCUGGGAAUAGAAUAAUUGAUUCUUAUAGUGUUGACUUUGAAAUUUUUCAGAAAGCAAUCAUGGGUGGUUUUGUGCCACCAUUUGCGUCUUCAGAAACUGAACAGGAAACUCAUCUUCCAGCAAGAGAAAGUUCUUGGAGUGCACUGAGGCGUAAGUUUAUCUCUGGCAAUAUGAAGGAAUUUGUCUCAGCUAUGAAGUCAGGUGUUUCCAUAGUUUAUCCUGAUUCCUUGUUCAUUGUUGAAGAGCAAUGCAGAGCUCAGCAGUCACAUUCUUCGGCAAGUUCCUUGUUAUCAUUGAUGCCAUCUUUGUCAUCGUCAUCAUCAUCGUCUGCAUCUUCAUCAUCCCUGUCAUCAUUGUCCUCCUCGUCGUCCUCCUUGUCAUCAUCAUCUUCUUCACCUCCCUAUCUCUCUCCAGACUCCUCAUCUGAUGCAAGCAUUAAUUCGACAAUUCAGUCAGAUUCUCCGGACAUGUCUCCUUCAGCUGCAUCAGGUCCUGGUCUAACAUCUUCACUGCUUUCUAAUCUUUGUAAUAUGACACUUCUGUCGUCCAAAAUAUCUCCUCAGUCCAUAUCUAAAAGUUCAAAGUUCAUUGAUGUUAAUUUUAGUUCCGAAUCUUGUUUAAGAUCUGCGUCGACACCAUCCAAAAAAUUUCCUCUUUCCAUAGCUGAGCGCAGAGGCAGCUUGUCGAAAAGUCUUAAGCUGCAAAUGUUGACUGAUGAUUCUCAAGGAAGAGAGAUGCCUACAAAUAGUCUUACCAAUGAACAAGACACUGUAACAACAAAGCAUGAUGCUUGUUCUUUAAGUAAGUCCCUGGAGACACAGGAUUCUUUAGAUUCUGAGGAACAGGAUGUCAUGCAUGAUGAGUUGAAGCUUCAAUCGCCUUUAGGUACUGUUGGUUCAUGCCAUGCAGAUGCUGCCUUCAGAAAAAAUUCUGACCUGCAUAUUGUAAAUCAUCAUCUUGGGAAAGAGGAGUCAGCUAUCUCAAAUGGAACUCUAGAGAAUGGUAUGGCAUCUUCUGGCUUUAUUAAACCAAUAGUGUACCGUUGGCCCAGUUUGGAGAAGGUUGUGACUUUUGGUUCUGAUGACUUUGAUUCCCAAUCUGCAUUUGUGGUCAUCACUUCAAGUUCAUGUCCUACUUUUGGCAAAACUGGGGCAGGGAUUCUGUAUUUCUGGGUUGGACGACUUUUCAACUGUAAUUCGUGGAAUACUAAAUUAGAGAGCAAUCAAAAGUUUGGUGGUCUAGUGGAGUUUGACUGGAAGCAAGCCAGUUCAGAUGUCAUUUCUCGAUUGGGUCUGCCGAAUGAUAUUAAGAUUGAGUACCAUCUCAACGCAAGUCUGCUGUAGUCUUGGGUUUUCUCCACCCUGUAAAUAAAUGCAAAGGUUGAGAUUUAUUGUCGAUAAUGCUUCUACAACACCUUAAACCUUUCUUUGAAGCUUGCACGUGAACCAUCUUUACUGCACCUACUUAAGGAGAGGUGAUUAUCAAGGAAAAAAAUGAACCUGCAGAGUUCCUGUCCUUGUUGAAGUUCCUGUCCUUCUUAAGAGCCUGAAUUAAGGAGGCAUUUCUUGUUGUUCAUAGAUGACUUCUCUUUGACGCUUCUUCAGCUUCUACAAUUUGCUCUGCAAGUUUGCCGUGGUGGUAAACUUCCCUAAGAAUUGAAGGAUGCUGCAGUGUAAAUGCUGAGGUGGUUCACCUGGUUGUACAGAGCUUGACACCUGAUAAACUCUAGGCAUUUUCUUGCUGACACAACCUUGUAUAUUGAUUUAACUCAGAAACUGAUUUUAGAAUCCUCUAAAGGGAAGAUAGCUAGAAUAGAUUUUCCUUCUGCAGCUGACCUCUGUACAUCACCUUUUGGCUUUUGCUAACCGAAAGUCAGCAGCAAAAGCUUCUUAGAGACUUUGUAUUCUUCUCUCCAGUCUAUAGGAUUUAAUGAUUACCUAUCCCAAAUGUCCAUUAUGUAAUUGGAAACGGCCUAUAUCUAACCAUCUCUUUAAUGCGUAUUGAAUAGUAUUUGGUGACAAAA